AUGCUGGGCGGCCAGGCCCCCGUGGAGGCGCGGUAUGCAGAGGAGGGCCCAGGACCCAGGACCUUCGGAGCAGAGCUGGGAGACUCCUUGCAGAGGCCCGAGGCCCAGCAGCAGCCCAUCUCUCGGGCAGGGCGCUGGUGUUCCCGGCGGUGCGGCUGUGCGGUGCUGGGAGCCCUGGGGCUGCUGGCUGGUGUGAGUGUCGGCUCGUGGCUUCUAGUGCUGUAUCUGUGGCCCGCGGCCUCUCAGCGCGUUCCUGGGACCUUGCAGGAUGAGGAGAUGACUUUGAGCUGCUCAGAGGCCGAUGAGGAAGCCCCGCCCCCUUCACUUCCCAGAGCAGUGUCUUUCAGGAUAAACUCGGAGGACUUCCUGCUGGAGGUGCAGGUGAGGGCCCGGCCAGGCUGGCUCCUGGUCUGCCACGAGGGCUGGGGCCCGGCCCUGGGUGUGCGGAUCUGCCGGAGCCUUGGGCAUCUCAGAUUCACUGACCACAAGGGAGUGAACCUGUCCGACGUCAAGCUCAACAGCUCGCAGGAGUUUGCUCGGCUUUCUCCUCGACAGGGGAGCCCCCUGGAAGAGGGGUGGCAGCCCAGGGACAACUGCACUUCUGGCCAAAUCGUUUCCCUCAGGUGCUCCGAGUGUGGGGCGCGGCCCCCCGCUUCCCGGAUAGUCGGUGGGCAGGCUGCGGCCCCCGGGCGCUGGCCCUGGCAGGCCAGUGUGGCCCUGGGCUCGCGGCACACGUGUGGGGGCUCCGUGCUGGCGCCGCACUGGGUGCUGACCGCCGCGCACUGCACGCACAGUUUCAGGCUGUCCCGCCUGUCCAGCUGGCGGGUCCACGCGGGGCUGGUCCGCCACAGCAUGGCCAGGCCACACGAGGGCGCUGUGGUGGAGAGGAUCAUCCCCCACCCUCUCUACAGCGCCCAGAAUCACGACUACGACGUCGCCCUCCUGCGGCUCCGGACACCCCUCAACUUCUCAGACGCCGUGGGUGCCGUGUGCCUGCCAGCAGAGGGGCAGGAUUUUCCGAGGGGCUCCCAGUGCUGGGUGUCUGGCUGGGGCCACACCGACCCCAGCCACACCCACAGCUCGGACACGCUGCAGGACACGGUGGUGCGGCUGCUGAGCUCCCAGCUCUGCAACAGCUCUUGCAUGUACAGCGGGGCCCUCACCCCCCGCAUGCUGUGCGCUGGCUACCUGGACGGGGGGGCUGACGCCUGCCAGGGGGACAGCGGGGGCCCCCUGGUGUGCCCAGAUGGAGGCACAUGGCGCCUUGUUGGGGUGGUCAGCUGGGGCCAAGGCUGUGCAGAGCCAAAGCACCCCGGCGUCUAUGCCAAGGUUGCUGAGUUUCUGGACUGGAUCCAUGACACCGCGUGGCUGGCCCAGCUGCAGAUGAAACACCUCACAGCCCUGCUCAAAGCCGCCUGCGGGUGCGGGGCCGUCCGGGGCUGCCGCUCCCUGGUGGGCUUCCAGAAAGAAGUGCUGUUCGUAGACCUGAGCCCAGGAAGCCAGGGCAAGGACAAGCGUGACGAAGGCCACGACAGAGUCUCCGAGAACCUGUGUUCUCAGGUGUGA